GGCAAGCGUGUUUCAGGUGGCCCCAACUCAAUCCACUUUGCGGCUUCUUGCUCGUGUGGACCGACACAGUUCUGCUUUGGCCGCGCAGCGCGCCGCACCGAAAGCACACUUCACACUUGUCCGAUGUGAUUCGUGCCAGUGUGAACCACAUCAACCCUCCGGACACGUUCCGUCACACUUUUCUUCGAGUGCAAGAAUAUUUGUGCCGAGAACGGUUUCGCUGUGUGGCGUCGACAACCCCCGACUCGAGGGGUGGGUUUGCAUAGUGAGUGAUAAAAAGAGGAAGCAUGGAGAGGACGGAACACCCCCAGUAAAACGACGUAAUGUGCCCUGGCUGUGGAAGACUUUGGACGGCUCUGCAAGUAGUAUGGAGUACGGUGUAUGUGGUUUGUGGAGCUGCCCAACUAAUUUCUGGGAUAUUUUUCAUGAUAUCCAUCCCGGCUCUUCACUUAAGCUGUAACAUAUGGACAGGAUCGUGGAACGUGAUAAUCGGCAUCGUCGGAGGGAUGCUGGCGUGUCUGGGACGCCUGUCGCCGCGACGCCAGGAGUUCAUCCUCUACAUGGCCGUCUCGAUACUGACAGUCAACAGCGUCAACGUCGUCCUCAGCGAGUGGGGGCUCUACUUCUCCGAUAUGUCGGAGCUGUUGAAGAACCAUCCUAAUCACAUGCUCAUUGACUACGCAUGUUUCGCUACUCGAAUCGCCACAGCAGCCGUCAUCGUAGUCUCGUUCUUGGACAGCCAGUUUGCGUUUUGUUCCAUGCAGAUUGCGCCGCCAAAAAAGGAUAAGAAGAAGUUGCACGGAUCGCACGAACAAGUGUCAGACAUUGAGUACAUCAUUCCUAGGCCAAAAUCCGCCAAACCUCACACCACCGUCUACAACGCCUAUUCCCAGAGCUGGGUCUUCGACUCCGACAGUGCCAGCUGUUCCAACAACGCCGAAUCGCCUUACCUAAAAAUCCUCGAAAACGGCACCACCCCCAAAAGUCGCUCAAAAAAACUGCAAAAUGGCAUAGUUAACGACACGACCCACCUCAUCGACAAUCCCGUCGUUCACAUCGAGGAAGCUUCGGACGACAGCAACAGCAACAGCGACCGAAAACUGUGCCACAUGAGGAGUUUCUCCCGUUCGGCUUCCCCGGUUCACUUGUCAGCCAGUUCUUCACAUAUCAAUUUGCACCAGAGCGGCAAUCCGCCGAUCUACGACUGCCUGGAGACCAUCUACCGGGCCAGACUCAACACGGGCCCCAGAGACGAGCCUCACUAUCAAACUCCUCAGAACAUGGUGAUGCGACGGGUGGAGUCCGUCAGUCCGCACGCGGAGAAGGUCCAGUACGCGUCGCUGAUGAAGGAGCUGCAACGGGCCAUCGUCAACAAGAAAGAGGCCUCGGUGACGUCGCCCAGCGACAGCGCCACUGUCUCCGAGAAGACCCAGACCGACUCCAAGAGCAGCAGUCGCCACGAGUCGUCGUGCAAGAGCAGCGACGCGGAGUUCUCCAAGGAGCUGGAGGCCGCCCUCCAGCUGAUCCAAGACCUGGAGAGCCCGAACACCAUCGAGACGCCCUCGGAGCCGAAGAGCGACAACAGGGAGGCGCGCCCUCUGGCGGUCUGGAGGAACAGUGAGAGUGAGAGUGAAAAGACGUUGAGUGCCGUGGGGUCUUUGGCCGAGAUCGCCUCACCUCUCGCAGAGUGCCAACCGGAACUGUACACGUUCAAGCCUCCGGCGAACGGUAAGGGCUCCAGCGUCAUAAUCCACCACUAUCCCGACUCCCAGAGCACCUCGGGGUACAGCUCCCCCACCCAUCCCACCCCCAGCUGGUCCACGACGUCGUCCCUCAACGGCAGCAGUAACGACAUGGCCUAUUCGAUACAUAACGCUAAUUCCGGCACGAUAAUCUCCCUCUACUCCCAAGUUAACCCCCCAUCCAAAGGCAAAUCAGUAACACUAGUCAACAUAAGCGGCACCACCCAAAAUCGAGAUGAUAACGCGGUGGCAAACAGUAAGGACAAGGACAAAGCGAACGUCUGGAGCGUCAAGUCGUUGUUGAGGAAGAAAAAGCAAGCGUCGUUGCCUAAGCUAUGUCCGGAGUUAGAGGGCGCUAUCAUUAAGUCAGAGAGCCUAGCCUACUUGACUGAGCACGAGUUGCUGGCGAGGCACCAGCGAAAUAAAGAGAUACAUAGGGAAAUAGAAGAAAGAGUAAUCCAACAGCUGGGUGCUCCAAGGACUGAGUCGAACUGCUGAUCGUUCUCUAUUAUUGUAACUUUAGCACAAGUUUAAAUGAAACCCCCGACUCUAUCUCAGCUGCGGGUCAGCGACGUCCAUUUUUUCGACUUUCAAUUUCAACAAUAAUUUAUAUUUUCGAUAUUUGUAUGUAACGUAUGUGUACAUAUUGUUGUUAUAGUUAUAUAGUUUAUAUUAUAAUUCUAUUGUACAUAUUAUAAUAAAAAUCCCUUUUAUAAUGUACCUUUUUUCUUUUGAUAUAGUGUUAUUUAUAAGUGCAAAGAAUAAAUAAAACACUUAAAUUUCUAA